GCGGGACAUCCGACGGCGCAAGUUGGACAUAAAGUGACAGAUUUCACCUCCUUAAAAUUGGACGAAAAAGCCACGGACGACGCGUUACAACUUGUUAAACAUUUGUAAUGAUUUUCAGACAUGGACGACAUAAAUCUACAUUAUCGUUUGUUGAACUGGAGGAGGCGAAUCCGCGAAAUUCGUGACGUGCGAGCUGUGCGAUACCGGGAGCGACUGAAAAGAAUGCUAAGAGAUGGAGACAUAAUCAGGUAUCAAGGAAACUCAGAUGAGGUUGGCUGUUUUGUGGCAGCCAGGCCGUUGUCAAAAAGAAAUCGCUAUUUUGAAGUGACCAUCAUCGAUACGGGAGUGAGGGGCAUGAUCGCUGUUGGUUUGGUUCCUCAGUUGUAUAAGCUGGACCAUCAGCCUGGGUGGCUGCCUCAUUCUGUCGCCUUUCAUGCUGAUGAUGGCAAGCUGUACAAUGGCAACACUGUAGGCCAGCAGUUUGGUCCAAAGUGCUGCAGAGGCGACAGAAUUGGCUGUGGUAUAUCACUGGACUCUGAAGACGGACAGUUAACUGUGUUUUUUACCAAGAAUGGAAAGGAAGUAGGCAGUGUGGAAAUCCCAGUGUCUCCUGAUGCUCUGUACCCUGCUGUGGGUAUGCACUCUUUGGGGGAGGAAGUGCUGCUGGACUUGCACGCUGAAUGGGGGAUGGAGGAGGAUGAUGGACUGAUGAUAGUGGACAGUCAUGAAGAGGACUGGGCUCGUCUCCAUGACGUCAAGGUGACGGGCACGAUGCUGGAGUAUGUGGGGAAAGGGAAGAGCAUCGUGGACGUGGGUUUGGCUCAGGCACGUCGGCCUCUCAACACACGCUUCCACUACUAUGAGCUGGAGAUCACAGAUGCUGGAGAAAAGUGUUAUAUCGCCCUGGGGCUGGCACGCAGGGACUAUCCAAAAAAUAGACACCCAGGUUGGAGCAGAGGGUCUAUAGCUUAUCAUGCAGAUGAUGGAAAGUUGUUUCAGGGCAGUGGCGUUGGAGACGCCUUCGGCCCACGCUGCUUUGAAGGUGACAUUAUGGGCUGUGGAAUCAUGUUCCCACGAGACUACAGCCUUGAUUGUGGAGAUGAUGAAGACGACUGGGACCUCGAUGUGUUUCCCAAACCCAGUGAGGUUCAGAAUGACUUGUAUGCAAACAAUGAAGAUGAGGAGGAGGAAGAAGGAGAAGAUGUGGAGGGGACAAAAGUCAUGGUUUUCUUCACCCGAAAUGGAAAGGUGGUGGGUCGAAGGGAGGUGGCCUUACCAGCAGGAGGCUUCUACCCCACCAUCGGUAUGAUGAGCACUGGGGAGAAGGUCAGAGUGGACCUCCACCCCCUCAGUGGCUGAAGUAAAAGCUGAGUGGGGAAUCUAGACCAAGGAAGGACUGAGGUCAAAAUUUAUGAAAAAAAAAAAAAAAAAAAAACGGGCAAAAACAACUGUUACAGUUGCAUCAACUCUCCAAGACGUAAUGUCAGAAGUCACUCCAGAGUAGAGGUUCCUCAUGCUCUAAGAAUGUUUGAAUGUGCUGGCCAAUGGUGUAUAUUUAUAAAUGUGUGCCUCAAAAAGUGCUUUUAAAUGCUGUGGGUUUAUGAGAAAUUGUUGAAUUAGAUUAUAAGGGUAAAACACUAUAUUUGAAAGGGCAAUCUAAUGACACAACGGUGUCUAAAUUAGGUUUUUUUUUUUACCAGAAUAAUGAAUGUAUGAAUGAUAGAGCAGGCCCUGAUUUAUAAAUGAGCCUCUUUACUCCCUUUGAUAAUCAGCAAUAAUAUUUGAGCAGAGAUGUAGCACUGCUUACAGCCUGCAGUCACAUAGAGGAUGUCUUUAUGCUGCGCUGCUUCUCCUCUGAGCUGACGGUGGAGUUUUACUGACACUCAGUGGUGAAACUGAAAAAAAAAAAAAAGUCUUCUAAAAAACAAUAAUGCACUUAAUGAACUGUGAGUUUGUAUGUGUCACUAAAACCAGCUGCAUCGUGGCUAUGUGUGGGUGUGGGGGCUUGUUCUGACACGGAGUCAUUCCACUGAGUUUUUAUGGCAUAUUUUGUGGUAACAUUGCAAGAAAUGUAAAAGCUAUAGAAGCCACAUGCAAUAGGAAAUGGAGGAUAAUUAAGUGUAAUAACAAUUUGUUGAAAUUGAAUCCAAUACAUCAUUGUGAAGAGGAGGAAGUGCAGGCAAAAGUCAAAUUUAAUUACUUAUUGUAGCCUUUGUUUUCCAUUUUUAAUAUUAAGCAGAAACUAAGUAAAAAAUAAGAAUAACACCGAAAGUGAGAGUCACAUGUUAAGUUUAAGUAUAAGAAUAACUUAAACAAUAAAAUACAUUUUUAUGACCAUUUUCCAUGUUUCCCACCCACAAAUUUAUCUUUACAGAAAGAAAGGUUCUGGUAGUUGCCUCUCGAUCAUGAAAUAUUUAAGACAAAACAGCAACUUAUUUGUGAAAAGAGGAAAAAUGUUGAAGAGCGAUUCUUGUGAGGAUUACGCUGACCAUACAAGUAUAAAUAAUGAUUAAACAUAUGUCAUGGUUGAUUGUUUUUAUUUUAGUAUUUGAAUGUUUUAUUAAAUUAACUUGAAAUGAAGCCAUAAGUAAGUUUUGCUGCUCUCAGGAAUAUUUGAGAAUCAAAAACUUUUUUUUUUCUUUCGGGGUGGGGAUGUUGAAUGUUUUUUAUCACAAAAUGUUUUAUGUUUUCUUUACUUGUAAUCUUUUUUUUUUUUUUUUUUUUUUUUUUUUUUUUUUACAUUGUAUCACUGUAAUUCUUGUUUUGCCACAGAAUCUAUAAGAAAUUUGUGAUCAGCUGGAUAUAUGGUUUUUACUUGCAGGUCAGUGGGUUAGUUCUAGAGCAAACGUCAUCUUUUUUGUGUGAUGCCAAAUUUUUCAUAAAUCCUUUGUCUGUUUACCCAAAUUCCAAAUGAAAAAGCUGCUUUAAUUAUCAAUCUAUGCUAAACUUUUCACAGGUUUCCCUGCAGAUUUUUGUUUUUUAAGCUGUGACUUUAAAACGGACAGUGGGCUGUUUAUCGCUGGAGAAAAGGGAUUGAACUUUAAUCUGAAAAGCUGUAUUUUAAUGAAACUCAGAUUUUCUUUGACUUCACAGAAACUGAUCUUCAGGCCUGUGUAAUUAUCAGACUAUUUGUUUUAAACACGUGACCUAAUAAGUGCCUGUUGGAAACGUCUGCUUUGGGUCUCUUUAUUAAACCACACAGCACGUGGUGAAACCCACGCUGGUGUUGAAACG